GGACAUAUAUAUAUAAAGACAAAACUUCCCACAUGGACAGAUUUAUACAAACAAGUUACAGAAAAGACUGAAUCUUGUUUGCUUAAGCUUUACUUCGGGCUUUCCUGCUGGUGACACCAUCUUUCUCUUCAUCAACGGUAAAUUCUGGGACUUUGUUUGUAGAAAUGGAAAUCCAUGAAGGAGGUGUAAUUCGCAAUUGUGUGAUCAAGCUGAGGGAGGAUUGUAAAAGGAGAAGGGACAAGGUCUAUGUUGGCUGUGGUGCUGGUUUUGGAGGUGACAGGCCUUUGGCAGCUCUUAAGUUGCUGCAGAGAGUCAAAGAGCUCAACUAUAUCGUGCUUGAAUGCCUCGCAGAGCGCACCCUUGCUGAACGGUAUCAAGUUAUGGUUUCGGGUGGUGAUGGUUAUGAUUCAAGGAUUUCUGACUGGAUGCGAUUGCUCCUUCCUUUGGCUGUAGAGAGAGGAACUUGCAUAAUCACCAACAUGGGUGCAAUGGAUCCACCGGGGGCACAGGAAAAGGUUAUAGAAAUAGCCAGCAGCUUGGGGCUUAGUGUUUCUGUUGCUGUGGCUCAUGAGAUUUCUCUCACAAAUAUAGGUUCAGCCUCUCAUGAGAAGUCAUUUUUGUUGGAAGGUGGUAUUAGCACCUAUCUGGGAGCGGCUCCGAUUGUUGAAUGUUUGGAAAAGUAUCAGCCAAAUGUAAUUAUAACUUCACGGGUUGCAGAUGCUGCCUUAUUUUUAGCACCAAUGAUUUAUGAACUUGGUUGGAACUGGGACAACUUGGAGCAGCUAGCACAGGGGUCUCUGGCAGGCCAUCUUCUAGAGUGUGGUUGUCAACUCACAGGGGGAUACUUCAUGCACCCAGGGGACAAGUCUCGAGACAUGUCUUCCUCUCAGCUCCUAGACUUGUCACUUCCUUAUGCUGAAAUUAGCUCUGAUGGAAAAGUAUGUGUAGCGAAGGCAGAGGGUAGUGGUGGGGUUUUGAACUUCAGUACAUGUGCUCAACAACUUCUUUAUGAGAUCGGGAAUCCAGGUGCUUAUGUAACUCCUGAUGUGAUAAUUGAUAUCCGGGAUGUUUCAUUCUACCCAUUAUCAAGUUGUAAGGUCCUCUGUGCUGGAGCAAAACCAUCUGCAGUAUCAGUUCCUGAUAAACUCCUGCGGUUGGUUCCAAAGGACUAUGGUUGGAAAGGAUGGGGUGAAAUAUCUUAUGGAGGAUUUGAAUGUGUUAAACGUGCCAAGAUUGCUGAAUUUCUGGUGAGAUCAUGGAUGGAAGAAGUAAUUCCUGAUGUUAGCAGCCAUGUAGUUUCUUAUAUAGUUGGGCUUGAUAGCCUGAAGGCAACUGGUCUUAGUGACAGUGCUUCAUGUCAUAUGGUUAGCGAUAUUAGGUUACGCAUGGAUGGGUUAUUCAAGCUAAAGGAGCAUGCAGUCCAAUUUAUUACAGAUUUUACUGCUUUAUAUACAAAUGGACCAGCUGGUGGUGGUGGUAUCAGCACUGGACACAAGAAAGAGAUCAUCCUUGAAAAAUAUUUGGUCAAGCGUGAACACGUAUUCUGGCAGACUGCAGUAAAGCACACCAGAGUGAUGAAAUCAAAUAAAACAGGAAUUGAAUUUCAAGAUGGGACAAAUAUUAGUCUUCCUUGUGUGUCUGCAUUGCCGUUUUCAGAAGCAAGUGAAGUCGAUUCUUCUAUUAAUGUUCCAUUUUCUGGAAGAAUCUCUCCUGCUCCAUCUGGCCAGAAAAUUCCACUCUAUGAUGUAGCACAUAGCCGAGCUGGAGACAAAGGAAAUGACUUGAAUUUUUCUAUCAUCCCACAUUUUCCUCCAGAUGUAGAGAGGUUGGAGAGGAUCAUAACACCGCAGUGGGUAAAGAAAGUAGUGUCAACUCUUUUAAAUUCCUCUUCUUUUCCAGAUGCGGAUGCCAUCAAUGAAAGAGACAAAUGGGUCGACGAAAAUGUAAAGGUGGAAAUUUAUGAAGUGAAGGGAAUCCGAUCUUUGAAUGUAGUGGUUAGGGACAUUCUUGAUGGUGGUGUAAACUGCUCUAGAAGAAUUGACCGGCAUGGAAAGACCAUCUCCGAUCUCAUACUGUGUCAGCAAGUUGUAUUGCCUCCAUGGUUGGGUCGUUCAAGAACUCUUAUUGCUUGAUUUGCUCUAAUGGGGUUAGUUUUGCAUUACUAUCUCACCUGUAUAGCCAAUGUGCCUUUCUUUUACCAUGCGUAUAUGUCAAUACUUUAUAUUUUCAGUUUGAGUUGGGAUAUGAAAUGUUUGUAUACUCAGAAUUCUUGGUUGCGAUAAUUACAAGUGUU